GGAGCGAACGCUGCGCCGUGGCGUCACGGUGUGACGCCGGCGGCGCUCCAUGGCAGAGGGCGGCGGAGGGGGGUGAUGGCCUCGUCGGUGGUACGGGCCACGGUGCGCGCCGUCAGCAAGCGCAAGAUCCAGGCCACGCGCGCCGCGCUCACCCUGACUCCAUCAGCUGUUCAGAAGAUAAAACUGCUUCUUAAAGAUAAACCUGAGCAUGUAGGCGUGAAAGUGGGUGUUCGUACAAGAGGAUGCAAUGGACUUUCUUACACGUUAGAAUAUACAAAAUCGAAAGGAGACUCUGAUGAAGAAGUAGUUCAAGAUGGGGUUAGAGUGUUUAUUGAGAAGAAGGCACAGCUGACACUUCUAGGAACUGAAAUGGACUAUGUGGAAGACAAACUGUCCAGUGAAUUUGUCUUCAAUAAUCCAAACAUCAAAGGAACAUGUGGCUGUGGAGAAAGCUUUAACAUCUGAAAUCUCAGGACUACUUCUUUGACUUAGAACACCCCAAAACCCUUACUAUUGUGGCUUUUGGAAGCAAAUGCAUUUUCUUCAGGUUUGUAGACUGCUUAAAGUGGAUGCCAAUAAGAAAAAUAAAGUUAAAUAAUUUUUAAAAUGUAAUCUAUGUGUUAAGUUCCACCAGUUAUGUAGUUAUGCUGUAAUUUGUGAUGAGUUGGGAUCCAAAGGUAAGAACAGUAAGUGCUGUAGUAACAUCUCUGUACUUUCACAUGCCAAGGAAAUAAAAUCUCACUGUUCUUGUCCUUUGCCAUUUUGUUUGUCCACUCUACUCACACUUCCCUGUCCAAAACCCAUUUGAAAGAAUAUACUGCCUGUGUGUUCUGCUUUGAUUUGGGGGCAGGGAGAACCAACCCAGCCCUAUGUAUGUGUUUGUUUAUAAAGACUUACAUACACAGGCACACAGCCCUCAGCUUCAGAGUUCACUAUGAUUAUGUAGGUGCUUGCUUUGUUUUUGUAGUUUUCUGAUGCCUUUAUCCUUUUAUGUGUGGGUUUUCUGGUGGUUUAUUUUCUCAUAAAUCUGGGGGAGUCCAGAAAGAAGUUAAUGUCAUACUAUAGUGGUAGGCUACAAUAGCACUGCUUGUAGUAAUACUUCAAAAUGGGCUAACCCAAUUUUAAUUCUGUUCCUUGUUGAAGUCGAGUCUCUGUUGUACUUAGAAAGUAAUUUUCAAGAACACGAAGUAUAUUCAGGCACUGGAGUACUAAAGCAGGAUGCACACAGGCCUUGUUUCUCACAUUUCUGUUGUUUAUCUUUCUUGAUUUAAAUUGCAAAGUUGGUAAAACUGCCUCCAGGUUCUGAUUCCUGAUGUUCACAGAAUGUGGUGUCUGUGCACCAAAAGCUAUGAGCACUUCUUUUUGAGAGAGAAGUCUUGUGUUUUUCAUUACUUUUUGCAGUCAUGUCUGGUACUAGCUUUGUUACAGCUUGAACUCUGUUUUGUAACUCUGUAGGCACUAGGGUUUUUCACCAAAGCUUAUGAUAACUUCUAUUUAACUUCUGUCUCGUGGUUAACUUGAUAACAGGAGAAAAAGCAUUUAUAAUUUAAAACGCCUAGUAUUUCAUAAUUGUAGGCAGUAAUGAAAAUAUUAUGUUUAUAGGAGGCCAGUUUUUCUUUUGAAUUUAAGCUUACUUUCUCCUAAUCAGAAUUUUGUUUUUGUAAACCAGCAUUUUUCAAGCUUAUAAAGUCUUCAGCACUUCUUUGCUGGUGCUCAGGCAGAAGUGUAGAUGUCUCUCCAGGCCUUCCCAAAAGCAGGCAUGAGAGAAGUACCGUUCCAUCCUUCCAUCUCCAUGUUCCCCUCCUUGCUCAGAGGUGACCUGCAGCUAAGCUGCUCACUUGUGCAGAAGAGAAGGUGACAUGUCUGCCUGGUCAGCUGCUCGGAGCUGCUGCUGAAAGGGGUGCAAAUAAAAAGUAGGGGACAACAGGGGCUGGGAUCUUGCAGCCAAGGAGAAGAAGGUGUUGGGGAGGGAGUGAACUGAGAGCAUUGCAUCCAGAGGUCACGCUGACCUGGACAGUUGUACACACGUGCCUGUCAACAGCUUUGGGAAUAGUGAUGUGCUGAAAACAUAGGAUUGCAGCUAUGUUUUAUUCCCCCUACGCAUUUUUCCCAGGCCAUUUAGGGAAAGGUGUAGAGGGAAGAAUAAAAAUGAAAAAAUAAAAGAAUUCUUGAUCUCUUUCAUGUGGUGCACAGGAGCAGGUGGUCAGAAUUUCCACACGUAGUUUAAUAUUAAAUACUUGGGUUUUGGUUGUAUACUAUAUCACCUUUUGAUGUAAAAACACUUACUUGCUUGAACAGCCAAGCAUUGUACGCAGUUACUUUAUAUAGUAAUAUGGCGAUUACUGGUAAUACACUGGCUAGGUGCAUUUAUAGUGCUGUAAGCCUUUCAGUCUUGUCAAAAAAAUGCAGUUAAUGUUACUUGGCUGCAUUAGUAUGUCUAGAACUCCCAAGUGAAGGGUGGUUCUUCAGAUUGCAUUUCCCUGCUUCUUGCUAGAGGAUAAGACUGGAUGUGGUAGCAUUGGUGGUUGCUGAGCGUGCUAGUACUUAAUCAUUUAACUUGUUUUGGGGUGUGGGGGAGUUGAUUUGAGGUUAUUUUAGACCUAUAGCACGUAUAACAAUCCUUUUCCUGUGGUCUGUGUAUAUGCAUUGAAUGAAAAUUGCAUUUCUGUAUGCACAUGAAAUAAUCCUCUAAAUUGUCACUUUACUAAGACACCUAACGCACAAUGUGUUAAACUUCUGUUAAAGAGCUAUUUGCAGUUACAUAGGGAUGUGAUUUUGUUGAUCUGUCCAUUAUAAUUUUGUGCAAUACUGUAUGUACGGUUCUCAGUUAUAAUAAAUAUUGCCUGUUGGUAAGCAUGA